ACCAUGUUGUAUGUGAGGAUGAAUUCAAAUAUGCCUUAUUGGCCAACAAUUGUUUGUGUCCUGGAAUUUCAACAUUUGUGACUUUACUGCUUCACACCUCAAGGGGACAAGAAGGAAAUACAUCUCAUGAAGAAUGGCAGAGAAUAUAUGGGAAGUGUUCAGGGAAUGAAAUCUAUCAUAUACGACUUGGAGAUAGCAAAUUUUUUGGUGACUAUGAGGGCAAAAGUUUUACAUUUGCCUCUUUUCAUGCUCAUCGCAAAUAUAGUGUCAGUCUAGUGGGGAUCCAGAGGGAUGUUCAAGGAAACAAAAUUCAGCUGAACCCUGGUCCUCGGCACAUCAUGAGGAAGUCGGACAUUUGUUUUUACUUGAACAUUAGCAAAGAGGAGAACUCUGCAUUUAUUCUGGCUCAUCCGAACCAUGAUACAACUACAGUAGAUCGGACCAAGUCGCCUUCUGGGCAGGAAAAAUCUUCACGUGUGGCGAGUGUGAUAGCCAAUUAUUGUUUUUUUCCUCAGGGACUGAGUGUUCAGACAUUAGAGUCAGUCAAGAGACCCAGCAUCGGCCAAGUGCCUGCCACUAUUGACAGCAGUAGUAUUCGCAUCAGUUUGUGCGGGUCUGAAUCAGAGGAUGAUUAUACAGAGGCUGAUGUAGAAAGGGAAUUCCCAGAAUAUGUGUGUGGCUUUCCUCCAGUUGCUCCCUAUGUUGGGACGAGCCCUACACUGUGCCAUCUGAUGAGAGAGAAGAGGCCUUUUUGUUGUCUCCAGCUUGAUGCUAGUUGUGUCCACUGCCGCCAUCAAAAUGCCCGGGAAUACAACUGGCGUAAUCCAGCCAUUAUUGUUGCUGCAGAGCAUGCAAGUUCUGGACUUUACAAUUUCAUUGUGCCUUUGCGGUCUCAUGCCCGCCCGAAAAAGUUACUCAACCCAAUUGUCUUACUUUUUUCAAAAGAGCCAGAUGUCACUUUUAAAACCAUGAUCAGUUUUUUCCCUCUUGUUUUCUGGAUGCGAGGUUCCAUGGAUUGCAUAGAGGAUUUACUGCGUGCCGGUAUUAAUUCAGCAGAAAAUGUUGUGGUUGUCAAUAAAGAGACUUCAAAUUCACGUGAAGAGGACACACUGGCAGACUGCAACACCAUCGUCUCAGUGCAGACAAUAUUCAGGCUGUUUCCAAAAGCUAAUAUCCUCACAGAGAUCUCCCAUGCUCCCAACAUGAGGUUCAUGCAGUUCAGGCCAGAUGACCUCUAUGCUUUGUCCAUUUCCAAACAAGAGAAGAAAGAAAGAGAACGUGGAUCCAAUAUUUACUACAUGUUCCGCCUUCCAUUUGCUGCUGGGAAUGUUUUCAGUGCAAGUAUGUUGGAUGCAUUAUUAUAUCAAGCUUUUGUGAAAGAUUACCUAAUUACUUUUGUGAGACUUCUGCUUGGGAUAGACAUGUCAGUAGGGUCUGGUCAUCUAUCAUCUAUCAGAAUAACCAAAGAAGACCUGUGGAUCAGAACUUACGGCCGUUUGUAUCAGAAGUUGUGCUCCACUUCCUGUGACAUUCCUAUUGGUAUUUACCGCACACAGUACCAUUCGGGAACAGAAGCCCUUUUUACACCCCCCUGUCCCACAUACUUCACUGAGUUAACUAGGGGGGAGGGGGGAGACAAACCUAAAAAGAGUAUCAUGAUGGGCAGUCCCAUGCAACUAUUAUCACUGCUCUUAAAAAAUGAAAACAGAAAUUUGACGCCUGAAAGACAAGAAAUUAUUCAGAUGGUAAAGUGUAGAAUGCAGACACAAGGACUUCCACAGACAGAAUACAAUGAAGGCAGUGAUAAAAGAUCAACUAUUUCCUAUGUGAUUAUAAACCCAAGUUAUGACCUCAAACUUGAGCUGGGAGAUGUUAU